CACACAGAAACUGUCCGAGGUUCCCAGGUCGGCGGGGAGCCCAGAUCCCAUGGAGGUGCCAGGCUGCAACUACCAGUUUCGGAUCGUGCUGCUCGGGGACGCGGCGGUCGGCAAGACGUCACUGCUGCGGUGCUACGUGGCGGGCGCGCAGGGGGCGGCGGAGCCGGAUCCCGAACCCACUGUGGGCGUGGAGUUCUACAGCCGCACGCUGCAGCUGCCCGCUGGGCUGCGGGUCAAGCUGCAGCUCUGGGACACCGCAGGCCAAGAGCGCUUCAGGUGUAUCACCAGAUCCUUCUACCGGAACAUGGUGGGCGUUCUGUUGGUCUUUGACGUGACGAACAGAGAAUCCUUUGAACACAUCCAAGACUGGCACCAGGAGGUCGUAUCCACUCAGGGCCCUGACAAGGUGGUCUUCUUACUGGUUGGCCACAAAUGCGACCUGAGCACCCGAUGCGUCUCCACUCAGGAGGCAGAGGAACUUGCUGCCUCGCUGGGCAUGGCCUUCAUGGAGACCUCAGCCAAAAGUAACUGCAAUGUGAACCUGGCCUUUGACACUAUCACCAGCGCCAUUGAAAAGGCCCUGCAGCAGGGGGACAUCAAGCUAGACGAGGACUGGGCAGGUGUCCGGCUCCUCCAUAGAGCCCCAAACCCUAGAUCCUCCAGCAGGAAGCAGGACUCAGGCUCCUGCCAGUGUUGACUACAGAAGAAAAAGGGUUAAGGUGGUACCAGCCUCAGACUCCCCAGAGAGACAGGAGGGCAACAGAC